UUUGGCUUCUUUGGUCUAUUAAAAUACAUACUCAAUAAAGAACAGUUAUUUUUUAAAAAAAAAAAAAGCAACGCAAAAUCCGUUAAAUGUAUCCGGUUGCUAUAAAUAAUAGCGACGAGUGAUUCGAUAUGUUAAAAAAAGUUUUUUUUAUCACAUAGAAUGUCAUGUAGAGGUUAUGGUGUUCUAUACAAAAAUGACUGUUUGCUAAAACAGAUUUUUAAAAAAACAAGUCUUUUAAAAUUACUGAAAAGAACAUUGUGUGAUGAUGUUUCAACAAAAAAUGUAGAAAUAGACAAGAAAACAGAAAUAACUCCUAAGCCUACUGACAUUGUUGUGGAUAAAUCCUCUGAAAAGCCAUUUUAUCACAAACCAAGAAAAAUAGACUAUAACAUAAUCUACACGAAGAAUACCUCAAUAUCAGCAUCAAGAGCAAUCAGUGAUUACUUACUUACUAUAGAUGACUUGGCAGGUUUACGACAAACAAAAGUUCGAACAGCUUAUGAUUCAAGCGACUUACCUGCUGACCAGUGUUAUUUAAAGUUAGAUGUCGAAAAAAGAGCUUUAGAGCGAUGGGGUAGUAUGGAGGCUCUGGAACAAGAACUUUUUAGAAGAAAGGAAGCUAUGGAAGCAGGAGAAAGAUACAGAAAAGGUUUGAGUGCGUUAAUUGGGCAUUUAAAGAAAACUGUUAAAGAUCAAACAAAAUUAAAAGAUGACAAGCAGUUAUUUGGAACAAAAGCUCAAAGAGAAAGCUUGCUAAAAGGAUCUGGCAAAGUGGUUUUGUUUGCUGUUGCCUCGAAUUUGGUGGUAACAUCAAUUAAGUUUGGAGCAUAUAUUUAUACAGGAUCAGCAUCAAUGUUGUCUGAAGCUAUUCACUCGCUUGCUGAUGCUGCAAACCAGAUGCUUCUAUAUAUUGGAAUAUGGCACUCAAUCAAAAAACCGUCACCUGAUCAUCCUUAUGGUUGGGUUCGUUCACGUUAUAUCUAUUCACUUGUUAGUGGCUGUGGAAUCUUUUUUCUUGGUGCUGGAUUUACUGUUUAUCAUGGUUUCUCAGAAUUAAUGGCGCCUACAAUGUUAGAAUAUCUUAAUGUUGCAUAUUUUGUAGCAGCAUUAUCUCUUAUCAUUGAAAGCUCAUCCAUGGUACUUGCAUUUCAGCAGGUUCGAAAAAGUGCUCAAGAAACCGGUGUAACAUUUCGUGAAUACAUUUCUCGUGGCCGUGAUCCAAAUGCAGUAGCUGUGUUGCUAGAAGAUGGUGCUGCUGUUUUAGGUGUACUUAUAGCUACUGCUUCCAUUGGAUUAACUGUAUAUACUGGAAACCCUGUGUAUGAUGCUUGUGGAUCUAUUGCAAUUGGAGGUCUGCUGGGUGUUGUAGCUGCUUUUCUUAUACAACGAAAUGCUGAUUUUUUGAUGGGAAGAUCAAUCCAUCCUGAUCGGCUGAGACAAAUUAUAAAUAUUUUAGAAAAUGAUAUUAUGGUUAGAUCUAUACAUGAUGUCAAAGCAACAGAGAUGGGAGCCGACACUGUACGUUUUAAAGCAGAAUUGAAUUUUGAUGGAAGAGAAAUAACUCGAGUUCAUCUUAACCAACUUGAUAUGAAUUUAGUUUUGCAGAGUGUCAUGAAAAUAAAAACACCAGAAGAGCUAGAGCAAUUUCUUUUGGAACACGGAGAGCAGAUUAUUGAUGUUCUCGGGGCACAAGUUGAUCGAUUAGAGAGGAACAUUAAGAAAAACCAUCCGGAAGUUCGUCACGUCGACCUUGAAAUACUUUAAUAUAUGUUGCAACAUCUACAUUUUUAUCGUAUGGUUUAUUGCAAAAAUGUUUAUAUUAAACAUGACUUAACGUUAAUAAGUAAGUUACUUAGCUAUUACUUGGUUAAUAAGUUAUUUAUUAUAAUUUACUUGCUGUUUGACUUAAGUCUUGUUUAGUCUAAACAAUUUGAGUUUGCUAAUUUACAUCUUAUCGAUAUGUUCUACAUAUUUCUACGAAGAAACUUUUACCGAUUGUUCUGAGAGAUUUUAUUUGGUUGUAGAUUUCCUUAAAAUAUUUUGUUAGACUGUAAAGUUUAGCUAUUUAAUUGUAUAAAUUUCUUUUUUAUUUUGGAGUUUUGUUUUUUAGGGUUUAAAGCGAAUUUUUUUUGUCAAUUUUUUUUAAUGAAAUUUGAUCUAAACCCAGUCAAUUUCUACCUCCUAUUUUCUAGUGUUGUAUCAGCUCAUCAGAUCGUAGUCUGUUUUUUGUUUUUUUUAAGUGAAUGGAAUAGGUAACUUUCAUAAAAGAUUUCAUUUUAUACUGAUAUAAAUUGAAGACGUCUUACUGUAAUUGGAACCUCCAAACAAACACAAAGUUUUUAAAUUUUA